AUGCUCAAACUCAACUCCCUCACCACUCUCCGCCGCCACUCCCCUCACACUCUAUCUUCCCUCCACCACCUCACCACCAACACACCACCAACUACACCCCCUAAUUCUUCUCUCACACCCCACCUUCUACAACUUUCCACAGUCAUCCCUCAAAUCACCCGCCAAUUUUGGAGAAUCCCAGUUUUAAAACCCCAACAAGUCCUCCAAAUUUUGCUUGGUUUUCAAUCUGAGUGUGCAAAAGUUGUUGCCCCUGUUGAAAAGGUGAAAUCUUUGUAUGAAAUUUUCAAAUGGGGUGUUGAGAAAAAUGAAACCCAUUUUUUGAAAUCUUAUGAGGUUAUGAUAUUGCUUCUUGUUCGUGUUGGGUUGUUUAGGGAAGCUGAGAAUUUGAUUAGUUCGUUAGAGGGUCAAGGAGUUUCGUUUAAUGCAAUUGGUGGCGAUAUUUUUGAGAAACUAAUUGAAGGGUAUGUUGGUGUGAAGGAAUUGGAAAAAGCUGUUUUUGUGUAUGAGGGUAUGAAGGAAAGAGGAAUGGUUCCUUCGAGGUUGUGUCAGCGAGUUUUACUUGAUUACUUGGUGAAGAUGAAGAGAACAAAGAUUGCGUUUCGCGUGGCGUUUGAUUUGGUGGAAUUGGGGGAACCAUUGAGUUGUGAUGAGAUGAGAAAUAUGGAGGAUGUUAUGGUUUUGCUUUGUAUCGAUGGGAGGAUUCAGGAAGCAAGAAGCUUGAUUAGGAAGGUUUUGCAUUUGAAAAACUACGAGUUUACUCAGGUUAGUAGCUUGGUUUUUGAUGAAAUGGCAUUUGGAUAUUGUGAGAAGAAGGAUUUUAAAGAUUUGAUUAGUUUCUUUGUUGAAGUGAAUUGUGCUCCUAGUGUAAUAGCUGGUAAUAGAGUUGUGAAUUCUAUGUGCAAAAGCUAUGGUGUAGAAAGAGCAGGUUUGUUUUUGAAGGAACUAGAAAGUGUAGGUUUUUGUCCUGAUGAAGUAACCUAUGGGAUAUUAAUUGGUUGGAGUUGUCAUAAAGGGAAGAUGAAAGAUGCAUUGAGUUAUCUAUCGAUUAUGUCAUUGAAAAGUUUAGUGCCUCGUUUAUGUACUUAUAAUGCUCUUAUAAGUGGUUUGUUUAAAGUAAGUAUGUUAGAAAAUGCUAAAGAUAUUCUUGAUGAGAUGAUUGAUAGAGGAACAGCACCUGAUAUUUCGACUUAUAGGGUUCUUGUAGCAGGGUAUUGUAAGUCUAGGCGGUUUGAUAAAGUGAAAAGUUUGGUUUGCGAAAUGGAGAAACGUGGUUUGGUUAAACUUUCUUCGAUGGAGAGUCCGCUUUCAAAGGCGUUUCGGAUUUUGGGAUUGAACCCUUUGAGUGUGAGGUUGAAACGAGACAACAACAAGAAACUUUUCAAAGCGGAGUUCUUUGACGAAAUGGGAAAUGGACUUUAUUUGGAUACAGAUGUAGACGAGUUUGAGAACCACAUUGCUUCAAUUCUUGAAGAGUCUGUGUUACCGAACUUCAGUUCAUCUGUCAAAAAAGAAUGCAGCAGUAAUAACCUUAAAAAUGCAUUGGUUUUGGUUGAAGAAAUGCUUUGUUGGGAUCAAGAAUUGUUGUUGCCUGAACUCUCGAUGUUAGUGAGACAGCUUUGUUCAUCUCGCUCACAGAUUAAGUCAGUGAUCAAACUUUUGGAGAAAAUGCCGAGGUCUGCCCGGGAACUCGAUCAUGAAACCCUGAAUUUGGUUGUACAGGCAUACAGCAAGAAGGGAUUAUUGUGCAGAGCAAAAACUAUGCUUGAUGAAAUGCUUCAAAACAAAUUUCAUAUCGAGAGCGAGACAUAUACCUCGUUAUUCAUGCCUUUAUGUAGAAAAGGAAACAUGAAGGACUUCAAUUAUUACUGGAACAUUGCUUGCACAAAUAAAUGGUUACCAAAAUUGGAGGAAUUUAAACUUCUAAUUGGUCAUAUAUGCCAUCAGAAAAUGCUUCCAGAAGCAUUGCAGUUACUUAAAAUCAUGCUUUUAUCAUACCCUCACCUAAGGUUAGAUAUAUAUCAUAUAUUUCUAGAAGUACUUUCUGCCAAGAGUCUUACAGGUACUGCACUUGUAGUCUUAAAACAGCUGCAAAAUUGUUUAUUCUUGGAUCAUGCUUGUUAUAAUAAUCUUAUAAGGGGCUUAUGCAAUGAGGGAAAAUUUUCUCUAGCUUUUACAAUAUUGGAUGAUAUGAUGGAUAGAAAUUUGGCACCUUGUUUGGAUGUUUCAGUCUUGUUAAUCCCUCAACUGUGUAAGGCUCAUAGAUAUGACAAAGCUAUUGCGUUAAAAGAUAUCAUUCUGAAAGAACAGCCUUCAUUUUUCCAUGCUGCUCAUCGUGCGCUUAUAUGCGGAUUUUGUAAUAUGGGGAAUGUUGCGAAAGCAGACUCUCUGUUGCGGGAUAUGUUAUCGACAGGACUAAGUUUAGACGACGAGCUUUGUAACCUGCUUAUCCAGGGUCAUUGUCAAGCUAAUGAUUUGAGAAAAGUAGGGGAGCUACUUGGUGUUGUGAUAAGAAAUAGUUGGGAGCUCUCCCUCUCAAGUUACAGGAACUUGGUGCGAUCGAUGUGUAUGAAGGGUAGAGUCCCGUUUGCACUGAGCUUAAAGAACCUUAUGGUUGCACAAUGUUCACUUGACGGUGUUAUCGUAUAUAACAUUCUUAUUUUCUAUCUUUUGUCAAGUGGAAACCAGUUGGAUGUUAAGAAGAUACUAACUGAUAUGAAAGAGAAGAAAAUUGUACUCGACGAAGUUGGUCAAAACUAUCUUGUCUAUGGUUUCUUGCAAUGUAAGGAUUUGUCCAGUUCUUUGCAUUAUCUUACUACCAUGAUUUCAAAGGGACUAAAACCGAGUGACCGCAGCUUGAGGAAGGUAAUAAGCAGUCUGUGUGAUGUCGGCGAGCUACAAAAAGCUAUGGAAUUGAGUCGAGGGAUGGGAUUUAGAGGAUGGAUACAUGAUUCUCUCAUCCAAACAAGAAUUGUGGAAAGCCUUCUUUCCCGUGGUUUUAUGGAAAAUGCAGAAUGUUUUUUGGACAGGAUGGAAGAAGAAUCUCUAACUCCCGAUAAUAUUGAUUACAAUUACUUGAUUAAGCGUUUUUGUGAGUUUGGAAGAUUAAAGAAGGCGGUUCAUCUUAUGAACAUAAUGCUAAAGAAAUCCAACAUUCCUAUUUCAACGAGCUAUGAUUUUCUCAUUUAUGGAUUCUGUGCUCAAAAUGAGUUGGACACAGCUUCAAAUUUUUAUUAUGAAAUGCUAAACUUGAAUUUCAAACCAAGAAUCGACACGGUGGAAAUGCUUAUGUUUAGCUUCUGCGAACAUGGGAGGACAGAACAAGCAGAACAGUUCCUAGUGGACAUGAUUUGUGGAGGCGAAAAGCCGACGAGAAAAAUGUAUUCCACUGUAAUUAAAAGUUAUCACAUGGAAAAGAAUCUUAAGAAGGCGUCAUAUCUCGUGCAAGCCAUGCAGGAAAAAGGCUACCAGCCUGACUUUGAUAUACAUUGGUCUCUCAUAAGUAACUUAAGCAAUGCCAAAGAAAAAGAUACUGAUAAUGGCAACAAGGGUUUUUUAUCAAGGCUUCUUUCUAAAACUGGCUUUCUUCAAAGAUUCAAAGGCUAG